GUUCAUUUUAACUUGUCACCAUUGAAAUUCGUUUGUUUUCAUUUUAUUUUCUUCCAAAAAACAUAAUUUUUAAAUCGUUUACAAACAUUUUCCCUUGUGUUAAAUUGUUUAAACAAUGUCGGAACGCAAAGUUUUAAAUAAAUACUAUCCCCCGGAUUUUGAUCCAUCAAAAAUUCCCCGCAUGAAAUUGGCCAAGAAUCGCCAAUAUACAGUACGUUUGAUGGCUCCAUUUAAUAUGAGAUGUAAAACAUGUGGCGAAUACAUUUACAAGGGUAAAAAGUUUAAUGCUCGCAAAGAGGAUGUGGAAAAUGAAACGUAUUUGGGAAUACGUAUUUAUAGGUUUUACAUAAAGUGCACACGUUGCUUGCAAGAAAUUUCUUUUAAAACAGACCCUCAAAAUACAGAUUAUGAAAUUGAAGCAGGUGCCACAAGAAACUUUAUGGCUUUGAAAAUGGCAGAGGAACAAGCGCGAAGAGAAGAGGAAGAAUUGCGGGAAGAGGAGGCCAAUAAUCCAAUGAAACUGUUAGAGAACCGUACCCAGCAAUCGAGAAAUGAAAUUGAAAUGCUUGAAUCGUUAGAGGAACUGCGGGACUUGAAUCGACGACAACAAACUGUCGACUAUGAUACAAUGCUGCAACAAUACAAUACAAAAGAAACGGAAAGAGAGCGUCUCGAAAGACAGGAACGGGAGGAUGAAGAAUAUGUAAAAUCAAUACAAUUUAAAAACAAAUCGAAUGCUUCAACAUCUAAUAAGAAAAUUGUUGCAGAGGAAAUAAUUGAAGAAAUAAAAGAUGAAACUUUCUUAGCUCCAAAACCGUCGAAACAAGUAAAACUAAGUGAAAACAGUGUUAAAACCUCAACAAUAAUUUCAACAGGAGUUCAACAGAAAAAUAAAAUUCUUAAUAAUUUAGUGAAGCGCAAACAGCCCCUAGUUAUAGUGAAACCAAAAACAAAUGAAAUUUCAAAUACUAGUACGUCAACUGAAAUAAAAUCAAAUAGUAGUGACAAUGUAACUACCAGCUCAAAUAGUGGUAGUGCUGAUGUUGGCGGUUUAUCAAUGUUAGCGGCAUAUUCAGACAGCUCCGAAGAUUCAGAGUAACAUGUGUUUAAGAAAUUAUUAAUUUGUAAAUAUUUAUUUGUACAUGUGUAUACAUAAAUAUUUUUUUUUACAAUAGUUAAAUUGCAGAAAUAAAAAAACAAUUUUUAUAUUUGAACCAUAA